AUGCCUGAACAGCAGAAAAUCGCAGUUUAUUCCAUCCCCGACCUCAAGAACACUACCGAUGAUGCGCUGCCCAACUAUUUAAACUCACUCAAGUUCCGCCAGUCUCAUGGGCUGACGGACGUACGCCUCGCUCUCGGCUACACGGCCGUCAUCAUCGCCGGCGCUCUCUUCUACUUUGACUUCAAGUUCGGCUGGGACGCUACAAAGGCAUACACUGGGCCCGCUGUGGUGGCAUACUUUGUCCUGAACAGUGCUUUCAUGUACUGGAUGUACUUUGUGGAGAAGGGCAUGGUGUACUCGGGUGAGAAGGAUGGCGUGAAGCUGGAGAUUGCUUCGCGAGUCGAGAAAAGCAUUCCGAUCUACCACCUGACCGUCCGCUUCGUCUCGGGGGACAAGAAGAACGCCAAGAAGACCCUGUGGCAGGAAAUCCACAUCAGCGCUCCUUUCACCCGCUGGUUCACGUCCGACGGUUACUUCGCCACCAAGCCUUUCCAGCAGUUCAUCGCGUCUGAGAUUCCGAUCGUCGGGCAUGCGGAUCCGAACAACGUGGUCGAGGAGAUUGGGCGCGGUUCCGGCUCCACCAACGAGAUCCGUGUGGACGGCAAUGUCCAGGAUGUGCUGAGCCAGCUGAAGGCCGCUGGCGCCAAAGCGAGGAGGAGGGGCUGA